CAUGACAGCAAUGGACUCGAUUGAUUGAAUGCACUCUACAUACCAACAUGCAUGGGAUGACUACAUGAACACACGCCAAUCCGUGCUCACAGCCACGAUAAAUGUCCGUCAGUACGCACACACAUGCCUUCCUACCAGCCAUCCAGCCCUCCCUGCCCCGGCACGACGGCGGCCCUGAGCUCCUCCAAACGAGCUGAUCUCUCACUUAGGUUAUCCUCAGACGCAAUAGGCACAGCCAUCUUCGGCUCAGCCGGUGUCUCAUCAGCGGCCUCUGUUGGCGUGUCGUGCUGUGGUGGUCUUCUUGGCAGGGGCGGUGGGAUCUCGAGUGUGACUUUGCCGAGGCGGCCCUUCUGGAAGUCGCUCAGCAGCCGACCGGCGGCAGAGUUGAUGUCGCCACUGAAACACUUGAAGGCCAGCUGCAAAGCCGGAGAGCGAAGGCACCAUGUGUGUGGGGUCUCUCUGUGUAUCGUCCACCCAAACUCACCUGGUUCAUGUAGAAUUCGCCCGUGGCGUUGGCUGAGUCGGUGCCCCAGUAGUGGGGGUCCACGCCAUACCGCCGCCGCAGAUUCUCUACCGGCACAUACGACGGCCGCCUCUUCCACGCCUGCAGCAGCUCAUCGACCAGCGCCACGCCCGCCUCGUGGACGUCAUAGGCCGCCUGCGAAAUGUCGUUGCACAUGGCGAGACGCCACGCAGCCGACUGGUCCUCCUGGUUGGCCGGUAUAAUUCCUGGCGUGUCGAGCAGCUCCACUUGCUUCUCGACAGGCCCAGUUGUCUCACGGUCGCGCAGACGAACCCACUGCACACCCACCACACCCACACAGGCCAGACGAGUGUGGCUUCAUGUGCCUGCCUCCCUCCUCCCUCUGUCUGUCUGUCUGUCUGUCCAUCUCUUCCUCCCUCUCACCCACCGAUAUCUGCCUGGUGACGCCCGGCAUGUUGUAGCUCUUGGUCUUCUUCCGCCCAAUCAGCCGAUUGAUGAGGGCCGACUUGCCCACAUUGGGGUACCCGAUAACCAGCGCCCUCACAGCCCGCGGCCGCAGCCCCUUGCGCUCCCUCUUGGCGUUGACGGCCUCGCCCACCUUGACCAGUGCCUUCUGGAUGCGCGGGAUCCCCCUGCCGCCCUCACGCGCAUUGACGGGCACCACAGGCACGGCAGGCAGGGGAGAAGCACCGCCGCCGUUAGUGCUGUUAUGGAUUCGGCUGUCCCGGGCCGCUGAUACCUGAGGACAAAGGCAGGCAAGAAUGAAGGCGGUUUUACGCGAAAUCCUCACUACGCUGGACGACCUUGAGGUAUCGCUCCCAGUCUUGCAGGGCUUCCUUUGCCACGAGGUCGCAUCUGUUGAGGACGAUGAUCCUGGGUCUGUUGCCGACCCACAAGGGCACCAUUGGGUGGCCCGUGGCCAGUGGGAUCCGGGCGUCCCGCACUUCAAUGACCACAUCCACCAGACGGAUGUACUCGAGCAGCUGACGCUGCGCCUUGGCAAUGUGACCCGGAUACCUACACAUAGACAAACGAAGCGAAACACAUGAGGGUGACAGAUGCCGAGAUGCCCCCGUGCAGUGUCUGCGCUGCGUACCAGUUGAUUUUCUUCCGCCUCCGUCUGUGGUCUUGCAUCAAGUCAUCCACACUCCCUCGCCGCCCCAUCCCUCCCGGCCUCUCAGCCACCACCACUUCAUCGCGAACAGCAGGCAGCGCUUGUGACAAGAAGCGCCUGGAUGCUGGCCCGAUGUUGCGGUUGCGACGCAGAUUGAUGCGCUCGCGAUAGUAGUGAUUGUGCUGGACGGGAGGGAGGACGAAAGCAGAGGCCGAAGUCCGCCUUUUCCAUCGAUGUCUGUCGAUGACGGCAUGGCUGACAGAUCCAUCGGAGUGCCGCAGAGGGGGAUAGAGGGGUGAUGCUGAGCUGCUCAAAGCCGCCUGAGUGGGAGUCAUUGACUCGAGGAAAGGCAGCAGUAGGGCGAUGAUUGUUCGCCAUGGAUGCAGCAGAUCUGCCAACGCUGUCAUCUUGCCG